GAGGUGGAGAUCCUGCAAUCGAUUUACCCGAGCGAGUUCACGGAGCUUGCUGAGUCUCCAUACAGGUUUUCGAUUGAGAUUGCGCUUGAAGAUGACGAGCUGCCGGCCAGUACGGUGCUCCUGACGGUGGAAUACACAGCAACGUACCCCGACGAGCUGCCAGACGAGAACGUGCCGGAACCCGAGGCAGAGCUCGAUGACGACGAUUUGGAAGAGUUCAAAGAGAAGACGCGCGUGAUCGGCGAAGAGAGUCUUGGGAUGGCUAUGGUGUUCAACAUGGCGAUGCAUGUCAAGGAGUUGAUGGCCGAGCGUCUUAUCGAGAAGCUUGCAGAGAUCAAGCGGCAGGAGGACGAGCGGAUCCAGAAGGAGGUUGAAGCCGACCAGGCCAAGUUCAUCGGCACGCAGGUGACUCGGGCAAGCUUCCUCGAGUGGAAGGAGAGGUUUGACUUGGAGCGGGCUGAGACGAAGAAGGCUGCGCUGGCGGCGGCUGAGUCGCGGGGCACGGCGCGCCGCACGGCGGACUCAAAGAAGCAGUCGGAUAUGAUGCUCACUGGGCGCCAGCUGUUUGAGCAAGAUCGGUCCUUGGCGCAGUCGGACUCCAAGUUUAUCUCGGAGGGCGAUGUGGCCGUGGACUCGUCGCUGUUUGAGAACGAGGAUCUGUCAGAGGACGACGACAGUGGUGAC